UCACGCGUGAAUUGACGUUAUGUGACUCACUUGAGACUUCCUCAGAUUCAAAGAAUGUUUUUAUUUCACAAUCUUCAAUACUCUCUUGUUUUAGACAGAAAUACAAUGAUUCGUCAUUUCCCUUUACACUAGAGUACAGAAUAAAACAAAUGCCGCAAUGUGAGAUCGAUGUCAAACGUUGUUUUGUGACAAUCUGUCGGCACAAUUUAUGUGCGAACAUUUUGUGAUUCAUUGUGUUUUAAAUCUUGAUUAUGGGAAACUCGAACACUAAGCAGGAUAAUUUCAAGCAUCACGAACUACGAUUCUCCAGCAUGCCGAUUCGUAUACCAAUGCCGGAUGACCCUGCUGAACUGGAGCGGCGGUUCACAAAAGUUCUUAAUUCUAUGGACUUGCCACCGGAUAAAGCCAAACUUUUGAAGAACUAUGAUGAUGAAAAGAAAUGGGAACUUGUUUGUGAUCAGGAAAAGGUGCAAGUCAAAAACGCUCCAGAGGCCUAUCUGAUUCAGCUUCGAACAUAUCUCGAUCCACGGUCCACACGCAGUACAAAGGUCUUGAUAUUGUCAUUUCUACUCAGCUGUUUCUGCUUGAGAAGAAAAAUGCUGGGUGACACAAGUUCAACACAAGUUUUGCGAGACCUAGAAAUUUCACUCCGAACCAACCACAUAGAAUGGGUGCGAGAGUUUUUAAGUGAAGAGAACCAGGGUCUGGACAUCUUAGUGGAUUACUUGUCCUUUUCGCAGGUUCUCAUGAGAAAGGAGCAGUUGUUGAAUCUCGAGAAGAGUUCGAGCCUAGACACAGGUCUGGCGCGGUCCUCGAUGCGGGGUCUCAAGCGCUCCAAUACGAUCAGCACGUCACGGGGAAUCUCCACCAAGUACUCACAGAAACUGAACAUGGGCGAGGCCAGGGAUGACGUACAUGUCUGCAUCAUGUGUCUGCGUGCAAUCAUGAACCACCAGUACGGGUUCAACCUUGUGAUAGCUCACACUCAUGCCAUCAACUGUAUAGCCCUGAGUCUGAACCACAGAAGUAUGAGGACCAAAGCGUUAGUACUAGAGCUGCUUGCUGCAGUGUGUCUGGUCAGUGGGGGACAUGAGAUAAUCCUGUCUGCCUUUGACAACUUCAAAGAGGUGUGUGCAGAGAGACAUAGAUUUGAAACUUUAAUGGACUACUUUAAAAAUUAUGAGGAAUUCCACAUAGAUUUCAUGGUAGCAUGUAUGCAGUUUAUCAACAUAGUCGUGCAUUCAGUGGAGAACAUGAACUUUCGAGUCCACUUGCAACAUGAGUUCUCAAUUAUUGGGCUGGAUGCUUACUUACAAAAGCUGAGUCACACAGAGAGUGACCGCCUGGCGGUGCAGGUGCAUGCGUACCUGGACAAUGUGAUAGAUGUUGCGGCUCUGCUGGAGGACUCUGAGACUAAGACAGAGGCACUGGAGAAGGCUGCAGAGCUCGAGGAUGAAGUCAACAGGGCAACAGAACGACUUCAGGAAGUUGAGUAUGAGAUGAUGAAUAAAACCAUAGAGCUUGAGAAACAACUGUCUGACACAAGUACAGAGCUGGAAGAAAUUAAGGAAAUAUUACGCCAGCAGGAGGCAGAGAACGCUGCUCUGCGGGACGUUAUCAGCGAGAAAGACGCGGAGUCUCAGAAAGCCCUCUCCACACUGGACGCCAAGAUGCAGGAACUAGAGAAUCUCAAGAAAAACAUCGGUUCAGGUAUUGGAGCGGCGAGUGCUAUCGGUGCUUCAGGGGCCAUACCACCACCCCCUCCACCGGCGCCAGCCAUGCCUCCCCCACCCCCUCCUCCACCUCCCCCCGCCCCCGGGGGAGCUCCACCACCAGCACCACCGGCACCAGGAAUGGGAAACAGCAAGGACCAAAUGACGAUCAAGAAGAAGAUUCAGACCAAGUACCGUCUCCCUGUGCUCAACUGGACACCUAUGAGGCCCCAGCAGGUCCGGGGUACUGUGUUUGCUGACCUCGAUGAUGAAAAACUCUACCGGGUAAUUGACUUCAAUGAGUUUGAGGAGACAUUCAAGCUGGGUGUGCUGGGCGCACUCAAGGACUCCGAUACCACGCCCAAGACCCUAAAGAGGAAGAAGCCCGAGACCAUAACCCUCCUGGAGCCCAAUAGGGUCCGCAACGUUGCCAUAACAAGAAGAAAGAUAGAACUCAGCAAUGAUGAAAUCAUUCGUGCCAUUGUAAAUGUUGACCUGAAGAUGCUGUCUAUAGAGGUGGUGGAUAUUCUACAGACAGUCCUGCCCAACGACCAAGAGGUGAAGCUGUUACGUACGUAUGAAAGAGACAAGAAACCACUUGAGCUGCUGUCCGAUGAAGACAAGUUCAUGUUACAGCUGACCAAGGUAGAUCGUCUUCAACAGAGGCUACAGGUGAUGAGUUUCAUAUCCAACUUCCACGAUGAUGUUCACCAUUUACAGCCACAAAUCAAUGCAUGUAUAGCUGCAUCAAUGUCGUUGAGAAAUUCACAGAAAGUUAGAAAACUCUUAGAGAUCAUUCUUGCCUUUGGUAACUACAUGAACAGUGCUAAACGUGGGGCUGUGUAUGGCUUCAAACUGCAGAGUCUUGACAUGCUCAUGGAUACCAAGACGGCAGAUAAGAAGCUGACGUUGAUGCAUUUCCUGGUGGACACCGUCCAGAAUAAGUUUCCUGAAGUUCUCACAUUUGAAGCAGAACUACGAUUCAUUGAGAAGGCAGCACUAGUUUCCAUGGAAAACAUUACCACGGAUAUUCAUGAGCUGGAGAAGGGCAUGGAGCUCACAAAGAAGGAGUCUGAUCUGCGACGGUCGUCAAGGGACCAGCCUGUGAUUCUUAAAGACUUCCUCGCUAACUCGGAAGAUAAAUUACGCAAGCUUCUCAGUGAUGUGAAAACAGCACAGGAUGCUUACACAAGAGUAGUUGAAUAUUUUGGAGAAAGUCCAAGAUCUGUAUCACCAUCUACGUUUUUUGCACAGUUUGUUCGUUUUGUGAACGCAUUUAAGCAAGCGUAUCUGGACAAUGAGAGACGACGUAAACUGGAGAACUCGGUGUACGGACAUGACGAGAUGGCCAUGGUGAACAACAAGAAGGACAAGAAAAUAGCACAGGAGGCUAUGGUGUCUGAGCUGAAGCAGAGAAACCGUCAGAUCAAGGAUAAGAAGCUACUGAACAAGGAUGAGGUCUAUCACGGUGCUCUGGAGGACAUCCUGCUGGAUUUGAAAAACGAGCCAUAUAGAAGGGCUGAUGCAGUAAGGAGGAGUCAACGUAGAAGGGUGGAAAAUCUGGUUCCAAUGGGACGCAAUAACGACAUCUUCUGAACAUGUGUAUCCACACAAACUGGAAUCUUAUUUCGCAACCAUCAGAGUUGGUGUUAUUUAAUAAAAAGAAUAAAAGUCAGCUCUGAAAAAUCAGCUCAGUCGGAGAGUCAUUGCAUGCUGCAAGUUAUUCCAAGGUUUCCUAUCUGCAACAGCUAGGGACGAUUUUCGUAAAAAAAUGUCAGUGUAAGUUGCUGAUGUAGAAUUUAUAAUAUUGAAUACCAGAAUACAACAAAGGUACCAGCUGCAAAAGCCCUGUUUACAAGUACUUGAUAGUAAAUUGAAGGGUUCAUUUCUAGAACGGGGUGGUUUAGAUAUCGUCAAUAUGCUGGACAUGGAAUUGACCACACAACUGUAACUUGAACUUCUACAAUUCUUAGGAUUAUUGGACAUGGGAAGAUUUAAAUGUCUUCAGACCGCGCUAGUGAAGAAAAUACAGUUGUAUGUUGGAGAAAUAAGUUCUUCAAAGCAUUUGAUGUUUGUUAGGGGCAUAAAAGGACCUGGAACUAUGGUAUCUGACUUUGAACUGAAUUGCAUAGUUGGUUGAACAUGUAAAUGGACCUUUCACACUCAUGCACUGGUGUACAAAUGUAUAACCUUGAAUAAAUAUUCUCAAAAAGGGGAUUAAUAGGGCCAAUAGUGAUAGUGAACAAGUGAAGUAGCCACGUUUGGUUGCUAUCUUCUGCUGAAAAGAUUUUUAUGGAAAGAAAAUGUUCAACUUAUUUUCAGUUGGAGUACGGUAUUAGAUUGGUAAAUGUUAUAGCAUGCAUGAAUAACAAAGUGUUCAGUAUGAACAGCUAUUUAUGAUGUUAUGAAGCCAGAAUUUAAUCACAUCAGAGCUGUUAAAUUUUACUUGCCAGACAAUACUUUCAUUAAAUGGUAUAUUAUUGCCAAAUUUCCAUUUUCAAAUUCAUUAUACAUGUAUUACUUUUCAUUUUAGAUAACUUCACAUUUUACUCUCUGUAUAUGAUGUGGUUAGUGACGAAUAUAGAAAUUGAAUAAUUUAUCCACUAAUGCAGCGGUUUAAGAAUUAGUUAAUACAUUGUAAAAGUAAAUGUUUGAGUCUGGAAGCAUCAUUUUGCAAUUUAUGCAUAAACAUAAUAAUACAACAUCUCAGAAUUGUGAAACCAUUUUAUUUUAAAAACUUACAAUUGUGCAAAGAGACUUUUACUUGAGUACAGUUCUUUGAUAUUUAUUGCUGAGUCUUUUUAGUAUAUUUAGUUUUUGUUUUGAUUACUGGUAGCACACAAGUUGCUUGCUGGAAAAUGAUGCUUACAGAUUUGUGUAAUCAAGAAUGGUUGUCAUGUACUUGUAAUUACUAAUAUAACUUGUGUUUGAUAAUGAAAAAAUGUUCACAUAUUUGUGGAAAGUAUUUUUUUUAAAUCCUUAACUUUAUGUAAGAAUUGAUAAUGAAGAAAAGGAAAAUUUACAUACUUAAGUUGCACCAUUCCAAGUUAUUUUUCAAACCUAAUUUUUUUGCUAAGAUAAUUAAUAAUGUAUACACAAUUUACUCUGUUCUUUAUCAAUAUUUUCAGUGUGGGCAUUAUGUACAGUAUAUAAAUGGGAAGAAAUCAGAAACUUAUAUCUGUUUGACCAAAUAAAGAUAUUCAUAAAGCGUACUUACUCUUGUAAUCAUGCUAUUAUUACACACAAUGUAGUAUUAAUUUUAUUUAUUAAUUGACAUCAAAAUUUAUAUCAUACACAUGCCAGAACUUUUUUUUACUCACAGCUGACUUUCAGGUCUGUGGUUUACAGUCACACAUUGAUUUAAACUUACCUGAUCUGACAUUAUUCCAUGUACCUUUGUGUGUAUAUUCAUGUACAUGUGUGUGCAUCGUGGUCAAGCAUUGUGCAAUAUUCUGUGUAACUGAAAUUCUCAGAUGAGUUUAAUUAUGUGUUUCGUGUUUAGUUUGUACUUGUUAAUUGUGAGAAACUAUAUAUUGUGUGACCUCAAUGAUACUUUUUGUCACAAUCUUUCUAUUUUAUUUCUCUCGUUUAAUUUAUUGAUAUACUCCUAGAGUUUUAAGUGAGAAUUCUAUAUUGAAUUUGCUACUUUUGAUAAAAAAGUGUGAAAUUAUUCUUUCUUAAACGAGAAUGUCAUGCAGUUAUGACAGUUAAUAAUCACCCAUCAUUAUACUAAAACAGUUGGUACAACAAAAAGAUCUAGAGCAAAAUAACACGGACCUGCGCCCAAAUUGGUUUUGAUUCCCCCCUGCUGCCAUUCUUGACUGGUCAACAAAAAAUAGUGAAAAACUGUUGAAAUUUUUGUCAUUUUUGCAUAUUUAUAAUUGAAAAUGAACAGACCGUAUGAAACAAAUAUAUGCAAGUGUUUGUUUAAAAAAUUCUUCCUUUUUAACACUUUAUUAUUUUGACACUGCUAUGGGUUUUCACCUUGCAUGCCUCUAUUUAGCAGUGGAUUGUAACUUUUGUGAUUCUAGAUUUUUCCCUACUUUUGCAGAAAAAUAAAGGGUGUAAAUAUAACAUAUGUAUGUGCAUAUGCAAAUGUCUGAAUGUAUUCCUUUAGCGUUAUUUAUUAGAAGGUUAAAGAAAACAAUUAAUAUUAUACCAGCAAGUACAAAAUUAUUUAAUAAUUUAGAGAUUCCUUGGAUUUUUUCUGAUAACACGUAUUUCAGAUACUGAUCAAAAGUCUACUAAUGUUUUAGUAUUGGCGAGAAUUCAUAUGAAAAUUGAUAAAUGAGAUGUGCUGGCUAAAUGCAUGUGUUUAAAGUGUCGUCCCAGAUUUGCAGAUGCAGUCUACUCAUUGACGACACUUUCCAUUUUAAUGGAAUUUUUUCGUAAAAAGAAGUUUCUUCUAAAUAAAAGUCAGUGCAGGAUGAAAAAGCUGUCAUAUUCUGGGACGCACAUGCAUUAAGCCCUGUUUUCACAGCGCGUGGCUCUAUUGUAUGUUGAUUGGAAAGAAAUCUGAUGAUACAAAAUUCCAGUAGACUGUAGAUACAAAUGUAUGGUUGGCACCUUGAUUUUCUGGUAUAACUCAUACAUUAGCGCUGUACAAGAAAUCUUGACAGAACUACGUUUUUAACCAUACUUUUAUAGUUGUUAAGUCAAACAGACAUUUAAGUUUUAAAGGUCGUGUACAAAGGUGUCUCGCUCUCUGUGGUCCCUCACUCUGCACCUAUAUAUGUAUUGUAUGUUGUCACAUGGUGACCGAGAAACUAUCAUGUGUGGUUUAUAUUAAUUGAUAAAUUUAUACACAUGGUAAAUUGAAACUAUUUUAAAUGAAAUACAAUAUGAUAAUCCA